CGUCCAUAAUAAAGGAGCUAUUGUCCUCUGUAGAUGCGUCCAUCCUAUGAUUCUACAAUCCAACCCCUCAACCAAGUAUCCCACUUUUCUUCUUCCAAAUUCCGAAUUCUGCGUCUCUGGUUUGGGCGAUGAGCUUGUAGAAUCUCCGCCAUGGCCAAACCCAAAGCUCCGAGGCGAACGAUCGACUCCUACACCGUCAAACCCAUCAACAAAACCGUCAGAGCCGGGGACUGCGUCCUGAUGCGCCCGUCGGAGCCGGGGAAGCCGUCCUACGUGGCCAAGAUCGAGCGGAUCGAGGCCGACAGCCGCGGCUCCAACGUCAAGGUCCACGUCCAGUGGUACUAUCGGCCCGAGGAGUCGCUCGGUGGCCGGAGGCAGUUUCACGGCUCCAAAGAGGUCUUCCUCUCCGAUCACCACGAUGUUCAGAGCGCCGACACCAUCGAGGCCAAGUGUACGGUCCACACCUUCAAGAGCUACACCAAGCUCGACGCUGUUGGAAACGACGAUUUCUUCUGUCGUUUUGAUUAUAAUUCCUCCACUGGGGCUUUCAAUCCCGACCGCGUUGCCGUGUAUUGCAAGUGUGAGAUGCCUUACAACCCUGAUGACCUCAUGGUUCAAUGUGAAGGUUGUAGUGAUUGGUUUCAUCCUGCUUGUAUAAACAUGAAUAUACAGGAAGCCAAAAGACUAGAUCACUUCUUCUGUGAAGGCUGCUCUUCCGAGAGUCAAAAGAAAUUGCAGAAUUCCCAUACUGCUUCCAGACACCCGGAUACAAAGGUGGAUACAAAGCGGCGUCGGAGGUGAUAUUGCAUCACAAGUUGUGAUACGAAAACUAGCUUGAAAACCUUUUUAUGCAAUUAAGUAGAUCCUCUAUCUAUUGAAGGUCGAGGAUGUGUUUGUAUGUAUGUAGUUAUGUAAUGUAGAAUUGUGAAUAUUCUGAACGUAUUUUCCGCUUACCACUGUAGCAAUGUACAUAUAAUCAUGUCUUACAGAGUUUGUUCAUCCUUCAAGAUAAGAAAGAUUUGAGAAAUGAUUCAAAAGCUUCGGAGGAGCUCAUUUCCGAUGA